AUGGCGCCGCUCAGCUGCCGAGGCCUGCUUGUAGGCAUCGUGGCGGUCCUGCCCUCGCUGGCAGCCGCCUAUGCAAACACCAGCUACAACGUCGACCUUCUGCGAGCCCAGUUCGCGCUCAUGGAUGACCGCCCCAAGGACUGUCCGCCAUGCUUUAACUGCCUCCUGCCUGCACAUACCUGCGCCCAGUACGCGGGAUGCAACGAGUACAACGGAAAAUGCGAUUGCCCCGAUGGUUUCGGCGGUGACGACUGUCUCGAACCACUGUGUGGCUCUCUUGGGCGCGGCAGAGACCGGCCAAUGCGCUCAAGCUCGAGUUGCGAAUGCGACGAGGGCUGGACCGGUAUCAACUGCAAUGUCUGCACAUCAAACAACGCCUGCAAUGCUCUCAUGGAAACUGGAAGCGGCGGCGUCUGCUAUCAGAAUGGCGAGCUCGUUAAAUACAACAACCAAAUCUGCAAGGUCACCAACAAGAAGAUUACCGAUCUGCUUGGACAGCAGAAGCCACAAGUCACAUUUACUUGCAAGGAGGAGGAUGCGACUUGCGAUUUCCAGUUCUGGGUUGACGAGAUUGAGUCCUUCUACUGCCAUUUGUCGGAUUGCGCGUCUGGUGCCCAGUAUUCCGAUGAGAAGAACACCACUGCCUACAAAUGCGACCACAUCAGCUGCAGCUGCAUUCCCGGCCGUAUGAUGUGUGGCAAGGAUGGCUCGCUCGACCUUACCGACUUUUUGGAUCAAGCAAUCAAAGGCCCUGGGCGAUUCGAAUGUUCGCAAAAGGGCGGCGGUGCCCAUGACUGUGCCUUCAAAGAGCCAGAGAUGGAUAACCUCAUCGUCAGCUUAAUUGGAGACUCUAGUAUUCUCUUGGACUGCCAAGCAGGCGAGUGCUUGUACGAGACUGAAGUACCAGGCUAUCACCGCCCCGUCAAGCAAAUCAACACCCCUCUCAUCGCUGGCGUGAUUGGCGGCUGUGCGCUCUUCCUGGCUGCCGUCAUCAUCGGGACGUGGUAUUUGUCCCGUCGUAGAUUGCAUUAUGGAGCGAUUCGCUUAGAGGAUUCUGACGAUGAGAGCACCAAGCUCAUGGUGGAUCACAAGCCCGCUGCUCUAUACUUUCAAAACGUCGCCUAUUCCCUCAAUGGGAAGAAUAUCCUGACCGGAAUCCAAGGAAUUUGCCAACCUGGAGAAGUGACUGCCAUCAUGGGAUCUUCGGGUGCCGGAAAGACGACGUUCCUGGAUAUCCUUGCCCGAAAGAAUAAGCGCGGCCAUGUUAGCGGAGACUUCUACGUCAAUGGUGAAAAAGUCAGCGAUUCCGAGUACAAGAACGUGGUUGGAUUUGUCGAUCAAGAAGACACCAUGUUGCCCACUCUUACAGUUCAUGAGACUAUUCUUAACAGCGCUCUCCUGAGACUCCCCCGCGAUAUGGGCCGUGCCGCCAAGGAACAGAGAGUUACGGAAGUCGAGAAAGAACUUGGCAUCUACCAUAUUCGAGACUCCCUUAUCGGCUCUGAAGAAGGAAAUGGCCGUGGAAUUUCCGGUGGUGAGAAGCGACGUGUCGGAAUUGCUUGCGAGCUGGUCACCAGCCCCUCUAUCCUCUUCCUCGAUGAACCCACUAGUGGACUGGAUGCCUAUAACGCAUACAAUGUUGUCGAAUGCCUCGUUACAAUGGCCAAAAACUACAAGCGAACCGUCAUCUUCACCAUCCACCAACCUCGCUCCAACAUUGUCGCUCUCUUCGACAGGCUCAUCUUGUUGGCCCAGGGCAAACUGAUUUAUUCCGGACUCUUCUCUCAGUGCCAGACUUAUUUUGAUGAUAUUGGCUAUGAAUGUCCACCAGGCUUCAAUAUUGCCGACUACCUUGUAGACCUCACUAUGCAUGCGGGCAGCACCCAGACUUUGGAUGAUGGCGGCAUUGUUCCCGACGCUGGAAGCAUCGGUCCAAGCAGUACGCGGGCUGUCAAGUCUAUUGCAAGCGCCUCUCUCGGAAGUGCUGGCGAAGCGAGCGCCGAGCCAUCAUUGCGGCCCAAGAACCGACGUCGUGAUUCUGUUAGAGUACGACAGGAACGGGAGCUCUUUACGCGUAGAAAACAGACUGAUACUGCUGCAUCUUCAGACGCUGGUGGCGACAGCCAAGGUGGCUAUCGGCUGCAGAACAACCCUUCAAGCACCCUGCCUAGCCAAGUGGAAGACCCUCAUGAUCUGCCCCCUCCAGCUAUGACAGGAACAGAUCUCGACAUCAUCACCCGGUCCUUCAGCAAAUCAUACAUUGCGACUUCUAUUCGCGAAGACAUCCAACAGGCAAUCGGUGAAGCUGCAACCGCAAAUGGGGCCAACACAAACGGAUAUGCUGCAGAUGGGCCAAACAUUUAUACCAGCGCUGUUGGAAAGGGAUAUGCUCGGAUUGGAUAUUUGCGCCAGUUCAUUAUCAUCUCUGGAAGAACCUGGAAGAACCUGUACCGGAACCCAAUGCUCAUGCUUACACACUACGCAAUUGCCAUCAUCUUGGCCGCGUUCUCUGGGUACCUGUUCUAUGGCCUCACUGAUGAUAUUCCUGGUUUCCAAAACCGACUUGGCUUGUUCUUCUUUCUUCUGGCUCUCUUUGGCUUCAGUACCCUUACAAGUCUCAAUGUGUUUGCCAGCGAACGUCUCCUCUUCACUCGAGAGAGAGCCAAUGGCUACUAUUCCCCGGCCACUUACUUUGCAGCCAAGGUUCUGUUCGACAUUAUUCCCUUGAGAAUCAUCCCCCCAAUUCUCAUGGGGUCCAUCAUCUACCCAAUGACGGGCCUGGUCCCAGAUGCCGCGCAUUUCUUCAAGUUUAUGCUGGUUCUGGUUCUGUUUAAUCUUGCAGCUGCAGCCAUUUGCUUGUUCAUCGGCAUCGUUUGUAAAGAUGCUGGCGUGGCCAACUUAAUCGGCAGUUUGGUGAUGCUUUUCAGUCUCCUUUUCGCCGGCUUCCUUCUCAACCAUGACGCUACGCCAAAAGGUGCUUUGUGGCUCCAAACAUUAUCCAUCUUCCACUACGGCUUCGAGUCACUCAUCGUCAAUGAAGUAAUAGAGCUUACUCUGGUAGACAAGAAGUAUGGUCUUGAUAUUACCGUGCCUGGUGCAGCCAUUCUCAGCUCAUUUGGAUUCCAAAAUGCCGCUCUUUGGUCCGACAUCAGAAACCUGGGUAUUUUCGCUGCUGCUUUCAUCGUUCUCGCCUAUGCCGCGAUGCAUAUCUUGCUUGUCGAGAAGCGAUAG